CAAACGUUAUUCAUAAACAUGGCGAGGAUUUUGCUUUAUAUUACUUUUAUACUUUUCUUCACAGAACAAAUUCUAAGUGCCUAUUUAUCUCCACAUGGUGGUUCUGCUCGCAUCAUUGGUGGGACAGACUCAACAAUUGAGGAAAUUCCCUGGCAAGUAUCAAUUUUGUACUACACUAUUAAUCAUUGUGGUGGAUCAAUAAUUAAUGAGGACACUGUUUUAACAGCUAGCCAUUGUUUUCAUUCACAUGGAACAGAUCCAGAAAGUUUUAGCGUACGUGUAGGAACUAAUAGAAGAUCUGGUGACGGACAAAUCUUGAAAGUGAAAAAAAUAAUUCCUCAUCCUGAGUUUAAUAUUAAAACUUACAAUCAUGAUAUUGCCAUAGUAAAGUUAAAGGAUAAAUUGAAAUUUAAUGACAAAAUUCAACCAAUUGAAUUAAGUGAAAUAACUGAAAUCUUACCUGUUGGUGAAUUCGGAAUUGCCAGCGGUUUUGGUUUACUAUCAUUUGAUAAGGGAGGUUUUCCAACUAUACUUCAGAAAGUAAACUUGAAAGUUUUGGAUCAAACUGUCUGCCAGAGAAAAUAUGAAAAAGUAAAUAGAAUCACAGAAUUUAUGUUUUGUGCUGGUGGAGAUGGCAUUCAUGAUGCUUGUGGAGGUGAUUCAGGUGGCCCGUUUGUUGUUAAUAAAACACUGGUUGGCGUUAUAUCACAUGCCAUUAAAUGUGCUUUAGAGGAAUAUCCAGGUGUAUUCGCUCGUGUUAGUACUCACAGAGAUUGGAUAGAUGAAAAUAUUUAAAAAGUAAAAUUUAUAGCAAGAAAUAUUAAUAUACACAAAGAAAUUAUGACCAUAAAUUUAAAAUUACAGAAU